AUGGAGUGCAGUGCUCUCUCCAUCGUGCUCUAUUCCCUUUACGUCCUUCUUCUUCUCCUCUUCGUCUUCCUCCCGCUGCCGUCUGUCUUCGCUGAGUCCCGCGAGGUGGAGGCGCUCCUCGCACUGAAGCUAGCCGCAGAUCCCUCCAACGCCCUUCCAUGGCAGCGCGAUUCCGCCGCCGGUGUGUGCUCCUGGGUCGGCGUCAGGCAGUGCUCAGCGGACGGGCGGGUCACUAAGCUCGUUCUGGAGUUCUUCAACCUCACCGGGCAACUACCCCCCGCAACGCUCGGCUCUCUCGACCAGCUUCGCGUUCUCAGCUUCAAAUCCAACUUCCUCUUCGGCGAGAUCCCCGAUCUCUCUGCUCUCACCAAUCUCAAGUCCCUCUUCCUCAACAACAACCGCUUCUCCGGUCAGAUACCUCCCUCCGUCUCUUCCCUCCAUCGGCUCAAAGUCGUCGUCCUUUCCGGGAACAUGAUCACCGGGGAGAUCCCCCCUUCACUGACCAAGCUUCCAAGGCUCUACGUCUUGUUCCUCCAGGAUAACCUUCUCUCAGGGCGAAUCCCCUCCUUUGAGCAGAUGGGUCUGCGAUUCUUCAACGUCUCCGGCAAUCAUCUGUCCGGAGAGAUCCCGCAGACCCCCUCCCUCAGGCAGUUCAAUGCGUCCUCUUUCAUGGGCAAUCCGAACCUCUGCGGCGACCAGCUGGAGAAGUCGUGCAUGAGCACCAGAGACCAUCCCGUUCCUCCAUCCUUGAGCCCCGUUGCCUCUGUAAUAGUCUCAUCCACCUCCUAUUCCGCCCCCAAACGGGAAGAGAAGAUGAACAGGAGGAGGGUGGCGGCCAUAGUCGCAAGCUCUGUUGGCGCGUUCCUGUUUCUCGCCAUCUUCACGGGGCUGGUGGCGGCUUUCUUCCUGGUCCCCUGGAGGAGAACGAUGGUGGCGGAGACCAACGGCAUAUCGCGCGGCGCGGGAACGGAGAGCAAAUCCGCUGCAACGGGCGGCGGCGGCGGCGGCAUCAACGUACAAGACGGCGAGGGGCCUUCCGGCGGGGCGGGGAAGGGUGGUGGCGAAGUGUUCUCAUGGGAAGGGGAGAGGCUGGGGAAUCUGGUUUUCUGCGGCGGCGUGGGGGAGAUGUACAGCUUGGAGGAGCUGCUCAAGGCCUCUGCAGAGACCUUGGGGAGGGGGACGGUGGGAAGCACCUACAAGGCUGUAAUGGAAUCUGGGUUCAUUGUGACGGUGAAGCGGCUCAAGGACUCGUCCAUCCCUGGACAAGACGAGUUCCGGCGGAGAAUAGAAACCCUAGGGCAGCUGCGCCACCCCAACCUCGUCCCUCUUCGGGCGUACUUCCUAGCCAAGGAGGAGCGCCUCCUUGUGUAUGAUUACUUCCCCAAUGGCAGCCUCUACUCGCUCAUCCACGGUACGCCCUCGUCUUCUUCCUCUUCAUCUUCUUCCCCGAGUUCCCUUCAUCCUGAAAGGCUCAGAUCUUUUAAGCUUCCAGUUUAUACUCCCACCCACCUGCUGAUUACAGAGGAACCCGUAGUAGAAUCGGUGUUGCUAUGAGGAUCCAUGCUAUUUUUCGACUGAUUCUCAGACGUAAACUCGGAAAAGAAAGAAGCCCCUCCCUUAUGAUCUUGAAUCCGUGUGCAGGAUCGAGACCUACCGGAGGGGGUAAACCUCUUCACUGGACGUCCUGCCUGAAGAUCGCAGAGGAUGUGGCUACGGGCCUUCUUCACCUCCAUCAAAACUCCAGCGUCAUUCACGGCAACCUCAAAUCCUCCAACGUCCUCCUGGGUCCUGAUUUCGAGUCCUGCCUCACAGACUACGGCCUCAUCCCAUACCUCGGCCCCUCAGACACCGCCCACGAGGACAGCGGUAGCGGCGGCGGCGGCGGCAGCGGCGGCGCCGCCCUCUUCUACCGAGCCCCCGAGUCUCGCAGCCUGCGGAGAUCCUUUACCCAACAGUCGGACGUGUACAGCUUCGGGAUCCUCCUGCUGGAGCUCCUCACCGGGAAGACGCCAUUCCAUGAUCUGGUGGAGGAGCACGGGGAGGGCAUCCCCCAGUGGGUGAGGUCGGUGAGGGAGGAGGAGAUCGAGUCUGGAGACGAUCCGGCCUCUGGGAACGACAACUCGGAGAAGCUCGGGGCGCUGCUGAACAUCGCCGUGGCGUGCCUAUCGCCGGCGCCGGAGGACCGGCCGACCACCAAAGAGGUGGUGAGGAUGAUCAGAGACGCUAGGGUUGAGGUCCUCGCUUCCUCGAACAGCAGCGAUCACUCUCCCGGCCGCUGGUCCGACACCGUUCAGAGCUUGCCCCGGGAAUACGGCUCCGAGCACCUGAAUUUCGCAGAGAGAGACUGA